AUGGUUCAAACUACAGUCUUAUCUCGGCAAGAUGCGUGGGCCGAUAACUCCAGCCUCUGUGAGUUGCUGCUUGGCGGGAUCGCCAGCCUAUCCACAACCUUAAUGGGUUAUCUCGAUCAGCACAUAAUCGAUUCCCUGACAUCCAGCCGAUCAUAUCAAGAUAAGCGGAGUAUAUAUCGGGUGUUCAUCGUCCUGCUGGCUCAACUGCCCCUUGUUGGCACAAUAACAUCCUUGACCAAAGUCGACCGAAACAUAGCCACGAUGCACUCGAUGACCCUCGGUGCCCAAGAGGUGACGGAGAUCCUUGCGACCGUCGGGGCGCAAAAGGGCAACAUGCGCCUGGACAAAAUAUUCUUGAGUGCUGUCUCGGCGGGCUGCCUAUUGGCUUUUGCGUGCGGCACUGUCUUGAGUACCAAUGCCACACCGUGGUUUCAAGAAAACGCACCUGGUCUGAUGCGGACCAUCAGCGCAUUGGUCUUUCCGUAUGGAUUGUGUAUGAUUAUUCUCACAGGGGCUGACCUAUGCACGGGGUCAUUCAUGUUUACAACCAUCGCAGCCCUUCAUCGCCGUUUAUCUUGGACUAAAAUGCUGAUCCACUGGGGAGUCACGUUCCUUGGCAAUCUGGCAGGAUCGCUAUUCGUGGUGGCUAUCAUAUUUGGAUACGGGGAUGUGUUCUCGGCAGACCCCUUUCGAUCAGCGGUGAUCUCUUUCGCGACAAAAAAGCAGGUCGCGCCCAGUUUUCACACUGUUUUCUUAAGAGGCAUUGGCUGCAAUUGGCUGGUGUGUCUGGCUUGCUUCUUCGGCUUCCAGGGCCAAGAGCUAGCAUCUAAAGUGAUUGGAAUAUGGGGGCCAACCUUUGCGUUCGUCUCUCUCGGGCUUGACCACGUUGUCGCGAACAUGACAUUCAUCCCACUGGCAAUUUGGGUUGGAGCGCCUGAAAUCACAGUGAGCCUCUAUAUUUGGAAAGGCAUCAUUCCCACAUUGUUGGGCAACAUCAUCGGUGGGGGGCUCUUCUGCGGAACAUACUAUUGGUACAUGCAGCUCCUUGACAUCAAUACUUUGCCCUUAUAUGAGACCAGGAAAAAGGGAGAUAGCUCGCCCGAUUCGGUAUCGCAGUGUGACGGAGUCGCCGUCAAAUAAUGUUUGAAACAACUUUCAACCUUGAAGUCACGC